UGAAUGCAUGUCAAUUUAAUAAUUAAUGAUAUAUUCCAAUUUCUCAGGCCCCAUUUUACAAAAUGAUUUCCACCAAUUUAAUGAACUGAUGAAAUGAAAAUGUUAAAUAAAUGCUACAAUUAGCAUCUUUAAAAUAAGGAUGACAUAUUGACUUUUUGUUUUUUAAUCUUUUGAAUUUAGGAAACCUAUGCUAUUACUUCACUACCACUUAAAAAUUGUUUAUCUCUAUUUUUUAGUCCCUCCAAUACUUCUAAAUCAACUUUGUUUCUUUUUUGUUUUUUUAAUAAGCAAAACUGAAAUAUCUUGCUUUCUUUAAAGCAUAGGGGGCAAUUUAAAUGAGUUUAAAGUAGCACAGUUCUUAAAAUGAUUCUGUUUAAUUCGGGCUGAGCAUUUCAUGUAGGCAAAACUUUCACUUUUUUCAGUCACCUAUUUCAGUGUUUUCCAAACAUCUUAGGAAAUCACCUGAGACACUUUUUAUAAAAAUAAGAAUUCUGGUUCCCACACCAGAGCUACUGAAUCAGGCUCAUGGGGGGAUGUUUCUCCUCCACAUCUCAGUUGGUUGAAGUUUCCUCCCUCUGUCCCUGCUGUUCAGUUUUUAACCUCUCCUUUUCAAAAUACCCAGCUCCAAGAAGUUACCUGUUUCCAGACUCAAUGUUGAUCAAUCACCCCAAAAUUCAUUUUAAAAAUUUUAGAGCCUGCUCUUACAUUGGAACUUGUAGAUUCUUUAAAAUGCAACUUUGGUCUCCCCUUGAACAUCAUCUGACAGCAAAAGGAUUAAACAACUGUGGAUUGUUCCAUUAUCCCUGCAGGGAACAUGAGAACUUCAAGGAAUUAUAUAUCACAGGAAAGAAACCACAUUUAAUGCGACUGAAAGAUGUGGAGGUUAGAAGGUUAGAAAGUUGACUUUCCGGUUUAUGUCCCCAGGGCAUGAACUAAUCAAAAUAGCUGUGGAACCUCAUGGUAAAACAGGGAGUACUCUUUUGUUCCUCAUCUGUCUCCUGUUUUGCCUUUAGGAAACCUCUCUUCCCUCUUUCCUCCGAACAGAUGAAACAGUCAGAUUGCUUGCAGGAAGAAUAAAAGCAGAGGAAAGAAUCUACGUCUUCCAAAGGCUAAAAGGACAGAGUAUUGAAAUGGCCUGGAAAGUGUUCAGCAUUAACAGCAGCAAGUCAAAUGUUCACCUGGGGUGCAACUGGGAAGAAACAAAAGAAAAAUCAACGUGCAGUCAAAGAGCCGCUUCAUUUUUCUAGAAAGUGACCCUUCACAGAGUUCCAAGGGAGCCUUCUCCCUUCGCAACAGCCCUGAAUUCAGUUCCAGAAACCAUUCUAAACCCUGAUGGUCAGCUUCAGCAUCUGUCUGGUCAUCAGACUUACUGCCGAGUCUUCAUCCCAGGGAAAUGCACGUGGUGGUCGUGGCAGCAGACGUGAUUUUGCUCUUAAGCAUGGGGUGGGCCUCAGACUCUCUCUGCUCACCCACUGUGUUUUACAGAGACUGCUGGAUCCGACGCUUCCCAGGUCUCCUAAUUGACCUGGAGGAGUCUCAGAAGCUGGGGGCCCAGUUCUUGAAGUAUUAUUCCGAAAGCACUGGUCAGAAGUGCAGUCAGAGCUGCUGUCUUAGGAAGGAUGUUUCCUGUAACUUGGCUGUCUUCUUCCACGAUCCUAUUCAUGGCGAUGUCAACUGCCUCCAUAUUCACUGCCCAACCCUGGAGAGCUGCAUAUUGGAGCCCGGAACCAGCGCCAUCUUAUACAACAUAACAGACGGUAUAGAUCCAGAUUUGCUGGUUUUUGAACAAUCACUGCCCACAUAUCUAAAUACCCGUUCUUCAUCUAACAUACAGGAGAGACUAAGGAUUCUAAAAGCUAUGUAUUUAGAUAAACAACAAACGACCAUGAUAAACCAAAUGCUACCAUCAGUAGAGGCUCCAUCAUCAACCACACAUCAAGAUUUGUUUGCAACCACAAACAAUACUAGGUAUUCCAAGGAAUUAACCACAGACUCUUGGGCAAGAUUCAUCUCUCUGAAUGACUCCAUUACCACAAACGUAAAUAUGGUGUCAGCCAGUACCGAGUUCAUCAACAAUCCAGAUAACAAGACUAUUUCUCCUUUCUUUGUGCCUAUAGACACAAAACUUUCUCAUAUGCCUAUUCCAUCCCAACUCAACAGUAGCAAACAAUUACUGAACAAAACCAAAGGGUACAACAGCAGAAACCGUACAUCUGAGAAUGAAGGCACAACACCUGAUGGGGCACCUGUGACUUCCAAGACGUGGUUGGUUCCUGUGGCCCUCUGCACCUCUGUCAUCUUUCUCUGCUGUUCUGUAGUCAUCCUGGCAUCUGGAUGCUGUCGAAAGCACCAGGGCCAGUAUAAACUAGGACAGAGAAAGUCAGGAUCCAAGCAAAUUAAAAAAUGUACCAUUCUGAAGGAGUGCUCUUAAUGGUAAAAGGUGUGAGCAUUGUAAGCUUUUAAGAGUAUUAUUUUCAGUUUUCUGUAAGACGAGGGCAGUUUGGUUAAAAAAAAUAAAUAAAAAGCACAGAUACGCAUUCUUACCAAUCUCUAAAGAAUGCCAAUGUUUGAUAAACAUAAUUGCUUUUUUGAUUAUUUCCAUUUUUUGAAUAGUGUACCUUUUGCUGAAGUUCCAAAAUUCUGAUCUCUGCAGUUAUUCAGCACCAUGUAAGAGAUAGUUUUAAGUGCUGUACAUGUAUUAACUUGUUGAUUCCUUGAACUCUGUGAGAUAAGUAUACUACUGUCAACUAUUAUACUGUUCUUAUCACAUAUUAGAGAUGAGGAAACUGAGGAAAGAGAGGCUAAGUAUCUUGCCUAAAGUCACACAGCUAGUAUGUAGCAAAGCCUGACUUAAUAGGCAACAUGGUUCAAAAGUCCAUGCUCAGAAUCACUGUUGGACUACAAGCCUCCAUUUUCUCAAUGAGUAUGGAAAAAAGAUACAGGAAGGAAAACACCAUAACAUCGUAUUUGGUUCCUGUCAAGGUCAUAUUAUUGUCACAUAUUUUAAUGAAAUAUUUUAGUGGCUUGAGCAAAAAAGCACUAUAAGCGAUUACAGUUACUAAGCCAUGAGCAAAAGCUUCCUGAUUUUUAUAUAAUUUUUUAUGUUCAAUUGAUUAAUCUUUCUCAAUCUUAAUCCAUCAUCUUCUUUUUCUAAAACUGACAUGCCUCUCAAUAAUUAUGGCACUAAGAUCUUUGAGUUUUCUGUUGACUUCUGUUGAAUAAAUCUUGGGAGUUUUAGUUUAUGUCCCUCAGUUGUAUAAAUUGUUUUCCCAGGUGCAAAUAUCAGCUCUAGGUAUUUCAAGCUCUGUCCACUUAUACCAGAUUCAUCCCCUAAAUCUUAUACUCUGACUCUUAUGUGUAGAAAACUGUAAUUCAAGUCUCUAAUGAUCUUAAACUUUAGGCCCUUAAUCUCAUCUCUGAAAAUAUUUUUUAAUGUGAGGACAUUAAAAGACAGCCAUUUAAGCAUAAUGAAUAAAGAGGAAAUCCUAU